AUGCGCGGGCGAACGCGUUCGAGCGCGACGACCGAGGACGCGGGCGCGCGCGCGCGCGCGCGCGCGAGUGCCGCCGACGAUGCCCCGCGGUCGUCCUCCACCGACGAGGAUCAGUGUUGGAUCUGUCUCGACGGCGACACCGCGGGACGAGAGUUGUAUCAUCCGUGCGCGUGCCCGCGAUGGGCGCACGCGAAGUGCGUGGCGAGGUGGCAGUUACAGUGCUCGGGGAAACCGGAGGAGGUGAUGUGCAAAUUUUGUCUGGAAAAGUUACCGGAUUGGCGAGAGACGUUGUUUCAGGACGUCGUCGGCGGACGGUCGAGCGACGACUUCACGGCGACGACGUCGGGGACGAAACGACGGAGCAUGGAUGAAGAUAGACCGCGUCGAUCGUCCACUGGAACGAUGCGAAUGCAAGAGAUCCAAGAUAUUGAGAAUGCGUCGUCGGAUGACGUCGACAGUGAAGUUCGAGGGGACAUUAUCGUCAAGUUUAAUAACAUUUCGUUCCGGUGCCAGGUACGCACGGGACCAGAGGGACUGGCUGAUUUCAUGCGACAGAUCAGAGAUAAGUGUGGAAUACCGGAGGAAAAGAUGAAAUCGCUGAACCUGACGUAUCGCUGCAAGGAUCCGAGCAACGGUAUGCCGAUGACGCUCGAGGGGCUGAAUGAGAGCGCCUUCGACGCCGCGGUGUUGUGCUCGGCGGUUCAAGAUAAGAUGAAGCACGAUGCGCGAGCUUCCCACCCGAGGUCGCCCGGGUCGUCGAGCUCGGAAAUUACGUCUAGAUCGAGUAGAAGACGCUCCGGCGAUCAGAACUCUUUCGAGGAAGGGCGUCGCGGCGACGUCUCGGCGUUUCGAAGAUACGAGUGA